AUGCCUGAAGAUAAAUGGCCAGAGUCUACAGUACAGUUCCAGCAGCAGCCCCUACCUGAAGUGAAAGCUGAACCACAAGUGCUUGUCUCAAAUAGUACUGAGCCAGAGCUUAUCAAGAUGAUGGAAAACUAUUCUUCAUACUACAAACUUCUACGUGUAAUAUCUUGGAUCAGAAGAUUUAUCUACAAUUGUCAAGCUAAACUACACAGUACUAGUCGUCUUAAAGGACCCCUUCAGCCUAAGGAAAUUCAAGAGUCCUUACUAUCCUGCAUCAAGAAAAUUCAAUCACACUUUUUCUCUAUUGAUGGCGACAGAAGAUGUGCAACUGCUGUCCUCAAUAAGUUUCAUAAACUUACCCCUUUCUUUGACAAACUGGGGAUACUCAGGGUGGGCGGCAGGCUAAAUAAUGCAGCUAUCCCAGAAGAUCAAAGACACCCAAUCCUUCUGCCAAAGUGUCAUUUCACCUUAUUGUUGGUAGAUUAUUACCAUAAAAUCUACCUACACCCAGGACCCAACUUGCUUCAAGCUCUGAUUCAAUUACGAUUUUGGAUACCAUCACUGAGAAAUAUUGUCCGUCAGCGAACCUUCAAAUGUCUAAGGUGCUUCAAGCUAAAGGCUGAAACCUUUUCCCCGAUGAUGGCUGAUCUUCCUUCGCCACGAGUGAAUGUAAGCCGAGCAUUUUUACAUGUUGGUGUUGACUUUGCUGGACCUUUGACUAUGAGAGAGUCGUUAAGAAGAAAAGCAACCACUGCCAAGACUUACAUCUGUGUUUUUGUCUGCAUGGCAACUAAAGCUUUGCAUUUAGAGCUGGUAACCGCACUCUCAACAGAUGCCUUUAUGGCUGCUUUCAGACGUUUUAUUUCUAGAAGAGGUCUUCCUGAACAAGUGUAUUCCGACUGUGGAACAAACUUCAGAGGAGCAGCUAAUCGUCUUCGAGAGUUAGGAAUAUGGUACUCCAAUCAGACUACACAAGAAGAAAUUCUACAGCAAACUACUAAACUGGAAGUAAAAUGGAAUUUCAAUCCUCCCUACUCCCCACACUUUGGUGGACUGUGGGAGUCCGCAGUGAAAUCAGCCAAGACGCAUUUGAGGAAGAUAGCUGGAGAAACUGCUUUGACUUAUGAAGAGUGGUCAACCUUGCUCACCCAAGUAGAAGCAGUUCUGAAUUCAAGACCACUUUGUCCUUUGUCAGCUAGUCCAGAAGAAACUAAUUUUCUUUCUCCAGGACACUUUCUUGUUGGAUGCCCUCUUGUUGCUCCUCCCGAACCUUCUCUUCUUGAUCUUCGAGAAAACGUCCUUACAAGAUGGCAACUAGUCCACAAGAUGGUUCAACAUUUUUGGAAGAGGUGGCGAGUGGAAUACUUGAACAUCCUGCAAGUGAGAGGAAAAUGGACAAGAUCUUCUACAAACCCUAAAAUCGGAGACUUGGUUCUUCUUAAGGAUCAAAAUGGACCUGUCUUGCAGUGGCCUCUUGGAAGAAUCAUCAAGACUCACCCAGGCCGUGAUGGAAUUGUUCGAGUGAUGACUGUCAAGACCAGUGACUCUGAAUUCCAACGUCCAGCUGUGAAAUUGGUACCUCUUCUUUCAAUCAAUUCUGACCCUUUUAAGUAA